AUGGCUUAUACCUACUCCUGUUUCGUUCAUGUGGGCAAGUUGCGUGAGCAAGUUGGAUGUCACAGAUUCUCCUCCUCCCCUUUUCUCCCAAAUUCCUCUCCUUUUCUCUCUAGGGUUUGUCCCCAUCACCACAUCUCCGCGUUGAAUUAUUAUUGUUAUGAUCGAGGAGAAGACAUGGCAGCGGGCAUGGAUUUUUCGCCACCAUUUACAGUACUAGAAGGCGGUUGUAAUAAAGACAGCAAUAAUAAAAUCACCACCAAUGUGUCAGAGAAUCAAAACGCUGAGAAUUUAGACACUCUUAAACAAUCUACCAAUGGUAAACCUCCAAGACAUCUCCGUCAAAGUAUGGACUCCAUCCGAUUGCUGAACGCCGCUGAUCUGGUAAGAAAGAAAGAAGCGCUUGAUGUUGGGGUUGGAGUCGUGAUUAGUAAUUCACCGGCUGAUGAAAAAUCGGAGUUUUUGCCGUUGUUUCGAUCGGGAAGUUGUGCUGAAGGAGGGCCAAAACAGUAUAUGGAAGAUGAACAUGUUUGUAUAGAUAAUCUUGUUGAUCAUCUAGAUGCCACGGAGACCGCGGCCGCCAUGGCGAACUGCCCUUCUCCCGGAGCUUUUUAUGGGGUGUUUGAUGGGCACGGAGGGACAGAUGCGGCGUCGUUCGUGAAAAAUAAUAUUCUGAGGUUUAUAGUUGAGGACUCUCAUUUUCCGAUUUGUGUGGAGAAGGCGAUUAAGAGUGCUUUUCUGAAAGCUGAUUAUGCAUUUGCAGAUGAUAGUGCACUUGACAUCUCUUCUGGCACCACUGCGUUAACUGCUCUUAUAUUUGGAAGGACAUUAAUAAUCGCCAAUGCUGGGGAUUGUCGAGCAGUGCUGGGGAGGCGAGGUAGAGCAAUUGAGAUGUCCAAAGACCACAAACCUAACUGCACAUCAGAAAGACUAAGAAUUGAGAAACUUGGGGGUGUCAUCUAUGAUGGCUACCUCAAUGGCCAAUUAUCUGUUGCACGUGCCCUUGGUGACUGGCACAUGAAGGGCCCUAAAGGUUCGGCCUGCCCUUUAAGUGCUGAGCCUGAAUUGCAGGAAACAAAUUUGAGUGAAGAUGAUGAGUUCUUGAUCAUGGGCUGUGAUGGCCUGUGGGAUGUAAUGAGCAGCCAGGGUGCUGUGACAAUUGCUAGGAAAGAACUGAUGCUCCAUAAUGAUCCCGAAAGAUGCUCAAGAGAGCUGGUCAGGGAGGCACUCAGACGCAAUGCAUGUGAUAAUCUAACGGUGAUUGUUAUUUGUUUCUCCCCAGAUCCACCUCCUCGGAUAGAAAUCCUGCAAUCCCGAGUUCGGAGGAGCAUAUCAGCCGAAGGCUUGAACUUACUGAAGGGUGUUCUGGAUAGUAACUCAUGA